AUGGAGCAAUGUCGAGACCUCCUUGGACAGUGGGGCAAAAGGGCCUUUCCAAACUUUAGGCACCAGAGAAGGAAGAUCACCAGAGCCCUUCGCAUGCUUGAAAUGGCCCACAAGACGGUUCUCGAGCAAAGGAGGGUGCUAGAAUCUGGACUAGAAGAGUUGGAGGCGAAUGAAGAGGAAUAUUGGGAACAAAGAAUUCGGGUUGAUUAUCUAAGAGGAGGUGACAAGAAUACGCAGUUUUUCCACAGGAAAGCUUUUGCUCGCCGCAAGCGUAAUACUAUAAAAAAAACUCAGAAAUGA